GAUCUGAAAGUUUAAACAAUUAAACUGUUACUCCUUGAAAGGGAAAUUUACUUGGUUUUGUGGAUGCUAGUACAUCGUUUUUUGCACUUUUUCAGAUGGGAAAUUUUCAAAUAAUUUCUCAAUAAAGUUUUGAUCGCUAGCAAACUUCCUACUGCCACUGCAUUUGUCUUGCAUUACUAUAGGGUUGGUUCCUUAAUGGUUACAUGCUACAUGAACCAAGCCAGAUUGUAGGAAACAAUCACAGACUAAUAAAAUCAUUAACUUCUUCUAAAAUACACUAGUAAAGUAAUGCAAUUAACUCCAUGGACUUAUAUAUCUCAAUGUUGCCUCCCCAACUAUAAUAAAUUAAGGAGAUAUAAAGUUAAAAAUUGCCUUCUCUCAAUUGCACUUUUCUAGGUUACUAAAAUCAUUUGCAUCAUCUUCAAGCCUCAGAUUAAGUUUGUAUGCACUAUUGGAAAAUAAAAUAGUUCCAAUUUAUAUAUAUUCUAUUUACUAAAAACUAAAAAAAUUUGCGUCUGCACUCUGCAACACUUCUAUAAAGAAACAAUACCGUGCCUUCCAAAUUAUUUUGGGGCAUUUCAGGAUCAUAGGCAAUUUGACAGUUUGGGGUGUGCCUAUUUUGGGCAUAGGUAAAGUGUGGGGUGUGUGUUUGGAAUAAACCAAAAUGCAGGUACGCUUGUUGGGAAAUUUGCCAUUUUAUAUCCAUCACCAAACUAUUCUCAUAUGACUUCCUUAUUUCUUUCUACUUCUUCCUACCUAUUCGUAGAUCAAUGCUACUAGAAUAAUACUGAAUCAACUGAUUUAGCCAGGUUCAUUGAAAAUUAGACAAUAAAAUGAAAAACUAGUUAAACCUAGUCAGUUAAGAAUUGGCUAAACCCAUAAAAAUCAAUUAUACUUGGGUCAACCAAAUAGGUUGAACUUUUUUUUUUCUUUGGUUGAUAUUUUAGUCAGUUCUCCUUUGACUCCACCCCUUGACUGCUACAAUUAAUGCUUUGACUUUCAAAACAUUGAUUAAGAUGGCUAGAAGAAGGCAGCCAUGUCAUUGUCAAAUGUCAAUUGUUAAAAGCACUAUUUAUUGUCUUUGUUUUGGGUGACCCACCAUGUUAGACCACUAAAUGGAUUGAAAGUUCAAACUAUGGGAAUGCAGAUUAGUUCCUGUAAAGCAAUUGAAUUACAUGUUCAGAGCAAAUACUCUUUGCAGUCUUUGUGAACAAGCUUACUCUUUUAUUAUUAUUAUUUUUAAUUUUUUAAAAUGCCUAUAGAAAGAAUAUAAACUUAGGUUCCAAAAAAGGACUAGUGGAGUCCUGUGACUUUGGAUCAUUCUAACUUCAUGGUUUGAACCAGGCAGUAGAUUUGGGUCAUGUUGGUUGGGGUUAUCCAUAACCUAAACUCAUUGUGAAAAAUUGAAUCCAAAACAAAAUUUUGAGUUUUGAUUUUCUGUUAAAUAUACCGUCGUUGGCAUCAUCAUUAAAUUGUGUUUGUCCCAACUAUUUGAAAUUGACUAUAUAAAUUUUAUUGGUCUGUUGAGCUCUAUGCAAGGCUAAAUCAUAUGUAAUGUUUAAAUUAAUUAAAUUGUUUUUGUUAUAUUGGCUAUUUUUUUUCUUGUAAAUAUCAUGCUAUUGUAAAUGUAAGAGUUGUAUGGAAGAUAAUGUUAUAUGCUUCUAUUGCAUUAGAGAUAGCUUCUAGCAUGUUUCCUUGAAGCUUCAUGGAAUUGAUUCAUCGUUGGGCACUAAGUUUUCUAAAGCAAAGAUUCUUUUAUUUUUCAAUAGGCUGCUUUUUUGACUUUCUAUUGGUCCUUCCAACUUUGACUCUUCAUGGAAUUUUAUGAAGUCCAACUGUCCCUUUAGAUGCUUCAUUCUGAAAUAAUUGUUCCACAUUAACUGGAGUUGAUGCAGCACUGUUUAACUGUGGAUCUAAGGGAGACAUUUGUACUUCAUUUCUAUGAGUUUGGAGUCUUUAAAAAAUUAGAACAACAGAGAGCCAAUCUUUAAGUUCUGUUGUGGGAACUGUAAAUUGAACACUUUCUUUGUCUAUGGAUGUCAUUGAGAUCGAGUCAUCUACUAGUGAAGAUGGUUCCUUUGAUUUUGGAUUAUCAGACACAUCCUUAAUUGACGAAGCUGAGGAUCAACAGGUAAAUAGUGCACAAAGUUUCACCACAGGGAAUAACCAUUCUAUAGACAGAACUGAACUACAAGGUGUAUCAGGCAUGCUAGAUACAAGUCAGUCUUAUAAAAAAGAGCCAGUGCAUUCUUUUACAAGACCAAAUUUUGAUAGUAGGAUGGAAACUAAGAGAAAUGGUGAGACUACAAAAGGUGAAAAUAGUGUAAUUGGGCCUUCAUCUUUUGCUGGAGGAAAUUCAAUCAAUGCUUUGACUAGGUUUAAACCAUCACAGUCUGUGGAUGAGAAGUUCCGCAAAUUGCCAAACACUUUAAUGGAGAGUAGAGACAUUAUACAUGGAGCUACCACGAAUUGGAUGCAGCCCUCAUCCCUGGUUCAUGGAAAAUCUAUCAGCAGUUUGUAUUCAGCUAGCACCAGUGAAGUACAAAAGCACUUGGGCAUAGGAGGUGAUAGGCACAUAGAGCGUGAUGAAAGGCAUAUAUAUCAGGAAGCUUUGCAGAAUCUUGGUCAACCACGGCUAGAGGAUGACCUGCCUCAGGGUCUUUUGGCUGUACCUCUUUUUAAGCAUCAGAAAAUAGCCUUAGCUUGGAUGGUUCAGAAGGAGAAAAGUACACAUUGUGCAGGUGGAAUUCUUGCAGAUGAUCAGGGCCUUGGUAAGACUAUAUCCAUGAUAGCUCUGAUACAAAAGCAAAUGGCUCAACAGUCAAAAUUUACAUCAGAUGUUUCAGAUUGUGUAAAACCAGAAGCCUUAAAUCUAGAUGAGGAUGAUGAUGGGGUUACUGAAGCGGAUAAGACAAAAUUACAAUCCAGAGAAAGUGAUCUUAAAUGUGAGAAAGUGACUUCUUCAAUGAUCAACACAUCAAGCAACACCAGGCCAGCUGGAGGUACAUUGAUUGUGUGCCCUGCUAGUGUUCUUCGGCAAUGGGGUAGAGAGUUGGAUGAAAGAGUUCCAGAAAGUGCAAAGUUAUCUGUUCUCCUAUAUCAUGGAGGUACACGGACAAAGCAUCCCAAUGAACUAACAAGAUACCAUGUUGUUCUGACCACCUAUUCAAUUGUGACUAAUGAAGUUCCAAAACAGCCUAUAGCUGAUGAUGAUGAAGGAGAGCAAAAGAACCAUGAUAAGUAUGGGCUAUGUCCAGACUUUUCAUCCAACAAAAAGAGGAGGCAGUCCUCCAAUGAACAGAAUAAUAAGAAGAAAGGGAAAAAAUCAAAAGAGUCUCUUCUUGACUUUGGCAGUGGUCCUCUUGCUAGAGUUCGGUGGUUUAGGAUUAUCUUAGAUGAAGCUCAAACUAUAAAAAAUCAUAGAACUCAGGUUGCUAGAGCCUGUUGUGGUCUUCGGGCCAAAAGAAGAUGGUGCUUAUCAGGGACACCGAUGCAGAAUACAAUUGAUGAUCUCUACAGCUACUUCCGUUUUCUGAAGUAUGAUCCUUAUUCUGUAUAUAGCUCCUUCUGCGCUUCUAUAAAACAUCCAAUAUCUAGAAAUGCGAGUAGUGGAUACAAAAAACUUCAGGCUGUCUUAAAAACAGUCCUGCUUCGACGCACCAAAGGUACAAUUAUUGAUGGGGAGCCAAUUCUUAAACUACCGCCGAAGUCAAUUUGCUUGAAAAAAGUAGAAUUUUCUCACGAAGAGCGAGAGUUCUAUUUAAAGUUGGAGGCUGAUUCAUGGCAACAAUUCAAGAAUAAUGCUAGCUGUUACUUUCUUCUCCAUAAGUUCGGGAAACAACUUUAUGCAUGGGAAUAUGGGAUAUGGCUAGAAAGAAAGAAAGGGAUGCUGUGCACUAAUAGGGAUGCUGUGAAGGAGUCUCAACGCUGUGGAUUUGAAAGUGUUGCAGAUGUAGUCACAGUGGUGAUAACAUUGGGUUUGAUGCGUGUAGAGGCAUCAUGA